CUCUUUCGCCCGCUCUAUCUCUCCGACGAGAUUGUCUGUUUGUCUGUCUGUCUGUCCGGUGAGUAUCAGUCCACGAAUGCAGUGAGGGAGCAAGGCAGGCAGUAUCGUCCGUCUAUCUGUGUGUGCGGGGGGAGGGAGGCAGGCAGGUCGAUACAUACAGCCAGACAGCCAGUAGUAAGCCAGCCACUCACAUACGUAUGCAUGUAUCUCUAUCCCGCCACCCAUCCAUCCAUCCAUCCAUCCAUAUCAUGUCUGUCACCUUCCCACCACCCUCCCUCCCGGCACAAUCCGCCACUCACUGCGUCAUGCGGACACUCCUGACCGUCUUGGGCUUCCAGGUGCUGAUGGUGGCGUUGGCCGCACUCACAUGCGGGGCCGCCGCGCUGCACCGCCGCACCGUCUUGACCGUGUUGUACCCCUCAGACACCAACGAAUGGCCCUCGCCACGGACGAACGAAGUGGACGCCUUUGCGGCGCCAUCCUGGGGCUCGUCGGCAGGAGCCUCGUUCUGGACGGGUGUGAUGGGCUGCUCGUCCUCCAUGGGCUCGCGCGGGGCGGAGAUCAGCCCGGGAGCAGCGGCAAACGGCUCCGCAGCAGCACCAGAGGCGUCACACAACUCGACGUCGACGGCCUGCAGACAGAAACCAGCAAGGGAGACACAGGCAGUGCAGUGCAAUCCAUUCACUUUUGCUGGGUGAAGUAUGCAACACAGCUGUGUGUGGGUCGGCCUCACUCAUCCCCCCACCUGUGCAGAGCCGUCGCUGGCCUCGUCAGCAAUGCCCUCCACCUCACCCACCAUAGCCGCACCGUCGUCAACGGCAUCAUUGCCGUCGAUGGCCAUUGGCGUCGACUCACACACACCGCUGUCGUGCUGGGAGGGGGCGGGGAGGGGGGAGGGAGCACCAGCAGACACGUGGAGCGCCGCAGCAUCCGGCUGGUCGGCAUGAGCCGCCACGAUGGCACACGAACGGCCCUCGUCAGCACAACGAUACACCUAAAGACAGACACACAGACCCAAGUACCAACAGAACACACACGUGCGCCCACCAUAUGCUAAUCUCGUGUGUGGAGUCGGUCGGCUUCACUCGUUCCCUCACCUGUGCAGAGCCGUCGUCAACCUCGUCAACAAUACCCUCUACAACAUCUAUGGUCCCCAAGCCAUCGCCACCCUCCCCACCACACCCACCCUCGCCAGCAGCCCUGCUACCCUCCUGCACCACCCCUCGGCGGCUCGUGUCGUGCUGUGUCGUCAGGCGGGGGGCGGGGGAGGGGGACACACGCACUGCCGACGACUGACGGUGCGAGGCUGACUUGUCCGCACCCCCCGCUGCACGCCCCUUGUCGCCCACACGUGUGCCCUUCGUCACGUUGGCGCGGGUGGGCAGCUUGGCCGGCGGAGCCUUGCGGGCGACUGAACACAGUCGAGCACCGCCGCCGCCGAGCUUGGGGUUCUUCUGCAACAUCUCCCGAUACCUCCUCAGAUCCUCCUCCUUAGCCCUCUGGUGUGCCCUGGCCUUGGCCGCCGCCCUCUCCCUCUGGCGCACAGCCGCUGCCGCCAUAUGCGGAUUGACGUCAGGUCGACCACUGGGCGGCUUGCUGGCGAUGCAUGCACCGCUGCCGAGUCCUGCAGGCCGCUGAGGACGGCACUGGUGGCCACUGCCCUGAUGCUGCGCCUUGCUGCUGUUGCCGGGGGGUCCAUUGCGUGGGAAAUAGAUGCCGCAGCCCAUGUAGCUUGCGCGCCCCGAAAGUCCAUAGUCCGCCGCGAGACCGUUCUUCUUCACCGCCGCCGGCGGCAUAGUCGUCCGAAUACGACGCGAAACGACGAGAGAACUUAUCAAACGCUGGUAACUG